AUGCUUGGCCCGGGCAUGUCACGAUCGCCCCAUGGGCAGCAUGACGGGAAGCCAGGGCGUCUGCGAGCCGCCUGCACCAGCUGCCAUGCGGCCAAAGUCCGCUGCAGUGGAGAGAAGACGGGCUGUGUGCGCUGCCGCACUCUCGGCCACGACUGCAUCUACCUCGAGUCCCGCGUGGGCAAGACUCGGGGACGUCGAAAACGCAGUGCUGGAGAGCGACAGGAGUCGGCCCCGGAUCCCGCAUCCAAGAGCAAUUCGCCCGCACGCGACGAUCCCCGCGAAGGUGUCACUGCCUCCCCAGCUUCACCGGCCAUCAGCGUCGACACCGGCGACUUUCUGCACCAUGAUUUAUGGGAUAUCCCCCAGCCCAUCUUCGACUCGAACAUCCUGGGGACAGAAGGCGGGAUGCAUGACAUGGAACUACUCCAGGAGUAUACUAUAGCGGAUAUGGGCAGGAGCACGACAAAUCCCGUGGCUAAGGAACUGGGUCCUGAAUUGGGCACGUCACUCGACCGUCAGCUGGACUCGGCCAUCGACGCCUCGGAAGCGUCGCAUAGUUUUACUCCAUUGGUCCAAAGUCCGUCCUGGCGGUUGGAGGACAGGAGCGGCGCGUCCAGCUGUGAUGGCGGGCCUCAGAAGAUCAUCCCACGGGAUGGGCCAUAUCGCCCGUACGGACGGCAAGGGCAUGCCGCUGCUCCGACGUGCAAGGGAGUCAUCCUUGCUGCUGCAGAGAUCCUGGAGCAGCUGGAGGCAAAGGUGCGCGGUGGCUUGACCGCAAUCGACGAGGUCCUUCGCGUCAACAAGGCCGCCACCCAGGCAAUCGGCGAGCUGAUGAAUCGGCGCGAUUACGCCUGUAGCGUAGGGGCGUCCAUCGUGAUGCUCGCGGCCGCACAGCAUGCCGUGCACUUAUUUGAGACGGCCUGCGAGGAACUCUACCCGGCGCUUCUACAGAACCGGUGGUCCACCGCACCCGAUAUCGCGGGAAAACCUUCCCAUCCCCAUGCUCCCGCGCUCUCCUACGCACCGGGCAUCGGCUUCGGGUCCUUUCUGCUCGAUCCCCAGGAACAGGCGUCUUUGUCGGCGCGGAUAAUCUCUACAGAGCUUCGCCGUAGUCUUCAGAUGCUUCGGAGCCUGUCCUCGCCGCCACGGCCGGAUCACAUCUCCUUCAGUCUAAACAGCUGGACGCAGAAUCUGGAAAAACGAAUGCAAUAUCUUAUUUCAAUGGUAGAGAAUAUCUAG